GGGCGGUGUGGAGAGUGACCUGUGCUCGCACACAGGCUUUUUGGAGGCGGCAGCAGCAGCCUUAGUGUCCCAUGCCCGUCUCUGGAGUUCCUUUAAGUGGUGCUCUUAAUCCCUUCUCCUCACGCACCAGGAAACAAAGAGGCAAGAAAAAGUCUCUUGCCUCAUCGGCAGCUCCAGACUUUUUUCCGUACUCCCUCCCGGCUAGCUGUGGCGCACUAGCCCCCUUCAGGCUGUGUUCACGCUGCCAACCCCAGUCCUCUUACUGGGAUCCGACCUCCGAAGCCCAAGCCUCAGCUCCCAGCCCCGCCCGCCCCGGCGGCUGAGCAGACAAGCCUCUCGGGCUGGUAUGCGGGGAGUUUCUUGCCUUUGGGAGGUCUGAGGUCUUCUGCCAGCGUUCAGGAUUUCAAAAAUCAUCUAAAUCCAUUUGCCUAAUGAAUACAGAAGAGGAAAUGGAAGCCCAGAGAGGUUAAGAAGCUUUCUAAAAAUCAUACAGAACAACAAAGAGGCCAGUAUUUCUACAGCCAGUGGUGGGGGAGGGAACAGUGGAGAAGCCAGAAGGCAAGGAAGAGGAGGGAACUGUAGAUUAGGAUCGCUGGUUGCUGUGUUGAGAAUUAACUGAAGCAAGGCAAGGGAAGAAGCGAGGAGACAGGCCACCACUGCAGUAAUUCAAGCAACAGAUGAUGAUGACUGAAAGGCCAGGGCAGUAGCUGAGCUGCUGGUGAGAAGCACUUGGAUCCUGGAUGUAUUUUUAAGCUGAGAGUUUCCUGAGUAGGGGAUCAAGCAUCCCACGAAGAACCUUCCCUGGAAAGAGGGACUAAAGGAUGGAAACAAAAUGAAAAAAUCUGCUUUGUUUUUCUUAAAUUGCUGGUGAUCCAGACAGAUGUUUGCCUGUGAAUGAUGUCAAUCCAUUUAACCUACUAAAACAAAAGACGCAGCAUUGAAGAGAUGAUCCCGGCUUCCCAGUUGGUCUUCUUCACCUGCAUCUGGAUCACACUGAUGUCAAAUGCUUGUGCUGCUGGUGAAAUCAAGAAGCCCCACCAGUGCUGCUUCUCUUCAGUGAAGCCGACCCGGUACAGCAAACAAGAAACUAGAAUGAGGAAGGAUGACAGUACCAAAGUGUGGCCCCUGAAGUAUAAGCAACUUCUCCAUAUAGAGGACCACAGUUUUGCAGUGAGACCUGGAUUUGGAGGAUCUCCAGUGCCAGUGGGUAUAGAUGUCCAGGUUGAAAGCAUUGACAGCAUUUCAGAGGUUAACAUGGACUUUACAAUGACUUUUUAUCUCAGGCAUUACUGGAAAGAUGAAAGACUUGCCUUUCCCAGCAAAACCAACAAAAGCAUGACCUUUGAUCACAGAUUAAUCGAAAAGAUUUGGGUGCCUGAUAUCUUUUUUGUCCAUUCUAAAAGAUCCUUCAUCCAUGAUACAACUGUGGAGAACAUCAUGCUGCGUGUACACCCCGAUGGAAAUGUCCUCUUCAGUGUCAGGAUAACUGUUUCAGCAAUGUGCUUUAUGGAUUUCAGCAGGUUCCCACUUGACACUCAAAACUGUUCCCUUGAACUGGAAAGCUAUGCCUACAAUGAGGAGGAUCUAAUGCUGUACUGGAAACAUGGAAACAAGUCCCUAAAUACCGACGAGCAUAUUUCGCUUUCUCAGUUCUUCAUCGAGGAAUUCAGUGCAUCCAGUGGAUUUGCUUUCUAUAGCAGCACAGGUUGGUACCAUAGGCUUUUCAUCAACUUUGUGCUAAGGAGGCAUAUUUUCUUCUUCGUGCUGCAAACCUAUUUCCCAGCUGUGUUGAUGGUAAUGCUUUCCUGGGUUUCAUUUUGGAUUGACCAGAGAGCUGUUCCUGCAAGGGUUUCCUCGGGAAUCACCACGGUGCUGACCAUGUCCACGAUCCUCUCUGGGGUGAGUGCCUCCAUGCCCCAGGUGUCCUACGUCAAGGCCGUGGACGUGUACCUGUGGGUUAGCUCCCUCUUUGUCUUCCUGUCAGUCCUUGAGUACGCAGCCGUGAACUACCUCACCACAGUGAAAGAGAGGAAACAAUUCAAGAAGACAGGGAAGAUUUCUGGAAUGUACAGUAUUGAUGCAGCUCAAGCCAUGGCCUUCGAUGGUUGUUACCAUGACAGUACAACUGACACGGACCAGACUUCCUUUUCUCUACACUCAGAAGAGGACUCCAUGCAAGAAAGAUGCACAGGCAACCUCAGCACAGAUUCACCUCGGAUAAAGAGAAGAAAAUCGCUAGGAGGGCAGGUUGGUAGAAUCAUUCUGGAGAGCAACCAUGUCAUUGACACCUAUUCAAGGAUUUUAUUUCCCAUUGUGUACAUUACAUUUAAUUUGUUUUACUGGAGUAUUUACGUGUGAAGAGGAAAUCCCAGUUGAUAAAAUUUGUUUUGGAGUCAGAUUAUGUUAAAAACAACAAUAAAAACCACCAACUCUUAACAAUAAAUUGGAUGGUACUAGACUACACUGGAGUCAGCCAGUCACUUCUCCUGGCCCAAAUAAGAUUUGAAAGUUAACUGAUUCACAUCUAGGAAAGAGUUUAAGGUCUUAGGAGAAUUUGGCUCCAUCAAUGAGAGUCGGCAUUCUGCUUGCCUCCCCCAUGCCAGAAGCUGCCUUAAGGACACAGCCUUGCGAUAGUAAGGGGUUACUGAGACAUCUGGACUGUAUACAGAGAGAGAGAGAAAGUGAGUCAGAGAGACAGACGGAGACAGAGAGCGCUGCCCAGAUGCAGUCUUUAUUGUUGGCUGAUCAUUUUUCUACAAGGAGCUGCAAAUUAAAUGGAGAACAUGACUAU